UGCACCUGCUUGGGUAGUAGUGGUCGUUGGGUAGCAUCCAUCCGCUACGCGCGAGAAGAAACUGUGGACCGUCAGAAGCACAAGUGAGCAACUUUAUACAUCAGAAAAGCUCAUUUAACGUCAUGGAUGUAAGGCUGCAUCUGAAGCAAAUUGCUUUUCUGUCUUUUAUCUGCAUUUUCCUGACGCCUUGUGGAUUAGCCUGUGGUCCUGGUAGAGGUUAUGGAAAACGAAGACACCCAAAGAAAUUAACGCCGUUGGCUUACAAGCAAUUCAUUCCCAACGUUGCCGAGAAAACCCUUGGGGCCAGCGGCAAAUACGAAGGCAAAAUUACAAGGAAUUCUGAGAGAUUUAAGGAAUUGAUUCCCAACUAUAAUCCUGACAUCAUCUUCAAAGACGAGGAAAACACAAAUGCUGACAGACUGAUGACACAGCGUUGUAAGGACAAGCUGAAUUCUUUGGCGAUAUCCGUCAUGAACCAGUGGCCCGGUGUGAAAUUGCGCGUCACGGAGGGCUGGGAUGAGGACGGUCACCAUUUCGAUGAAUCUUUGCACUACGAGGGACGGGCGGUGGACAUAACUACCUCAGACAGGGAUAAGAGCAAGUAUGGGAUGCUGUCAAGGCUUGCGGUGGAGGCUGGAUUUGACUGGGUCUAUUACGAGUCCAAAGCCCACAUACAUUGCUCUGUCAAAGCAGAAAAUUCAGUCGCUGCUAAAUCAGGGGGAUGCUUUCCUGGAUCUGGCACGGUGACACUCGCCGAUGGGAGGAGGAAACAUAUCGAAGAUCUCCAAGUUGGCGACCGGGUUAUGGCUGCGGACGAUACGGGAAAUAUCUCAUUCAGCGACUUUAUAAUGUUCAUGGACCACGACCCGCAUACCAGAAGGCAAUUCCUUGUCAUCGAGACGUCAAAUCCCUCUAUAAAGCUCGCCCUUACAGCAGCGCACCUGGUCUUCGUUGUAAACGGUUCGCCUGUUUCAGGUAUGAUAGCGAAAUUUGCCAGCAACGUGAAGCGUGGAGACAAAGUUCUAGUUUCUGAUGGCACGCACGGGACUUUCAAGAGCGUCACAGUGAAGAGGAUUUACACUGAAGAGUACCAGGGCUCUUACGCGCCCGUCACCGCGCACGGAACCAUUAUUGUGGAUCAGGUGCUGGUGUCUUGCUACGCGGUUAUUGAAAAUCACAGAUGGGCGCAUUGGGCUUUUGCACCGGUCCGAUUAGGUCACAGCUUGAUGACGUGGCUUUUCCCGACUCGUGCUUCAAACGUCACCUUGCAGGAGGACGGCAUCCACUGGUACUCAAACGCGCUCGUUUACAUCGGCUCUUGGCUGCUGGACAGAGACUCCUUCCAUCCCCUUGGGAUUUCACACUUGAGCUGAGACUGCAGCUACAGUAGCCUAUAACAUCAAAUGAACAGACUCUAAUGUAUCUUUAUUUUCUGUAAGAGAAGCCUUAAAGUGUUCAUUGAAUAAUUUAUUUGCAUUGGAUCAUUAAGUCUCUGGAAAUGUUACACUUAUUCAAGCAUGAUGUGACCGUUUUUGCGCAUUUGGGUAAACCUACGAGAGAUUAUAUGUCGGAAAAAUAGGCUUACUUUUAGAGAAAGCACCGAGUUUAUAGUGCUGUGCGAUGUGCAACCGACGGAUCUAUUUUAUUGGAUAAGCA